AUGAAAUCCUCAGACAAUAUUAUUCCAUUUAGUCAUUUGUCCUCUUCUUCUUUGGGUGUCCACACUGAUCAUGUCACAAUGCCAUUUGAUCUCUUCCCAAAUAACGCCCAAACUUCCCUUGAACCCCUUCCGUUGCUGAACUUGCUUUGCUCACCCGAAACGCCACCGCCACGGGACGAAAACAACCCUAAACCAUGCCAUGACGAUAAGGAAGAUGUCACUGUGGCUUUGCACAUUGGCCUUCCAAAUUGCAGUGCCAUUGACUCCAUGAAUCCAAGUGUGAUGACAGACAUAAGUAUAUCAGGUGCCCAACACUGGAUUCCAACUCCUGCCCAAAUCCUCGUCGGCUUCACUCAUUUCUCUUGCCAUGUCUGUCACAAAACCUUCAAUCGCUACAACAAUCUUCAGAUGCACAUGUGGGGACAUGGGUCACAGUACAGGAAAGGACCGGAGUCGUUGAAGGGAACGCAGCCUCGAGCCAUGCUACAGAUACCAUGCUACUGCUGUGAAGAAGGGUGCAAGAACAACAUAAACCACCCGAAAGCCAAGCCACUGAAAGAUUUCAGAACACUGCAAACACAUUACAAGAGGAAGCAUGGGAUUAAGAGGUUUGAGUGCCGCAGGUGUGGCAAGCCCUUGGCUGUGAAAGGCGACUGGCGAACCCACGAGAAGAACUGUGGCAAGCGUUGGCUUUGUGUUUGUGGUUCUGACUUCAAGCACAAGAGGUCUCUCAAGGAUCACAUUAGGUCAUUUGGCUCUGGUCAUGGACCUUUUCCUCCUUCACUUGAUGGAGUUGAGGUACAUGGGGACACCAUGCACUCUCUUUUUGUUUAA